AUGCAAAUAGUUGAUGAGAAAAACGGUGGAAGCGACGCAGCUGCUACGACAGACGCUCGUUACGAUCCAGAUUUUGUUCGACGUACCCUGCGGCGAGUCGACUGGCGUUUGUUGCCGCUCCUGGGUCUCCUUUAUUCCAUCGACGUGAUUGAUCGCACAAACUUAGCUAUGGCCCGUACAGCGGGAAUGAACAAGGAUUUGGGAAUGGACAUCGGCUCAAGGUACAGCAUCAUCACAAUGAUAUUUUUCCCUCCUUAUGUUUUGUUCCAAGUCCCAGGGAACAUCGUUUUACAAUAUAUUGGUCCCCGCACGUUUCUCACAAUCUCAGUCGCGGGGUGGGGUAUUUCCCAAAUAGGCAUGGCUUUUGUGACCUCGUGGCGUACUCUUUGUUUCUGUCGUGUGCUGUUGGCGAUAUUGGAGGCGGGCUUCUUCCCUGCUCUCGCCUUCCUUAUCACCACAUGGUACAAGCGGCACGAGGUCCAGAAACGCCUCGCCAUAUUCUAUCUAUUGGCGAUCGUCCUCGACGGUUUUAGCGCCCUCCUUGCGUCUGCCAUAGCAAAAUUAGGCGGAAAGGCAGGUAUGAGCGGUUGGCGGUGGGUAUUCCUCCUCGAAGGCCUCGGUACACUUUGCCUGUGCCCCAUCGCAUGGGUUUUCGUUCCAGAUUUCCCGGACAAAAAUCGUUUUCUCACCGAAGAUCAAACGCAGUUGAUUUUGGAUCGUGUUGAAGAGGACCGUGGAGACUCAUUGCCUGAUAAAUUGAUUGCUGCCAAAGUGUUGAGACAUUUGAGGGACCCGUUCCUGUGGAUGUAUGGUUUGAUGUUUAAUUGUGUCACGAUGCCGGGCGCCGCAAUGGCCUUCUUCAUCCCCACCAUCUUGAGUGGGAUGGGGUUCUCAGAAACAAUGUCACUCCUUCUGACUACCCCACCGUAUAUCGCCGCAGCAAUUAGCACAUUUUUUUUCGCCUGGAUUUCCGACAAAACGAAGAAAAGAGCAAUCUGGCUCGGGGUUCAAACAUUGAUGUCCAUUACCGGCUUGAUGAUCACAGGUUAUGCCACGCCCCACGGCGCUCGUUAUCUUGGACUUUUCCUCAUCAAUAUGGGGGCGUCCGGUUCUAUACCAGGAAUUAUUGCCUACAACGCCAACAACGUAACGACCCACACCAAGCGUGCCGUGUCAACCGGUGUAAUAGUCGCCUUUGGCGGAGUAGGUGGCGUAUUCGCGACGACGGUCUACCGCCAACAAGACUUUCCUCGAUACCUGAACGGGCUUUGGGCCACUAUGGGUUGCCAAUUUCUUCUAUUGAUGCUUUUGGCGGUCAACACUUUGAUUUUGAAUCGUCGGAACAGAUCCGCAAGGUUGGGGAACGUUGUGCUUGAAGAGACUCCCGGAUUCUUGUAUACUCUAUAG